AUGGAGGGUGUGAAGGGGUUCUUUCUUAUUGUCUCGCUGCUCUCUUCUGUAUUCAUGUUUGUGCAGUGCUCGCGGGAAUCAAACUUCGGACUUCAACUUUUUACCCAGCAGAAUGGCGACCCUUCUGUCGUGAAGCAUUUCGAUCUGAAGCGAUACACGGGGCGCUGGUACGAGAUUGCCGCCUUUCCGUCGCUCUUCGAGAAGAAGAACGCCGUGGACACGAGGGCCACGUACACCCUGAAUGAGGACGGGACCCUGAAGGUGCUGAACGAGGGCUGGGUCAACGGCAAGAGGGACUACAUCGAGGGCACCGCCUACAAGGCCGACCCGAGCAGCGACGAGGCCAAGCUCAAAGUGAAGUUCUACGUGCCCCAGCUACCCAUCAUCCCUGUGGUGGGCGACUACUGGGUCUUGUACAUUGACGCUGAUUAUCAGCAUGCUGUCAUCGGUCAGCCCGGCAGGCAGUUACUUUGGAUAAUCAGCAGAAAGAGUCACAUAGAUGAUAAAAUCUACAAUCAGCUCGUUCAGAAGGCUGCCGAUGAAGGGUUUGAUGUGAGCAAGCUCCACAAGACUCCACAGAGCAAGACUCCCCCGCCGCAGUAA